UUUUCGUCCGUGGAGGCAGCGUCGGUUCCCAAGGUGACGUCAGGUCGGGGCUGGGCUGGAAAAACAUGUAACGGAGGAAAAGAGGGAGACACCGACAUCACUAAACCGGGACCCGGUUCACCCCAAAGACACCAACUCCUUCCGUCAUACUGGGACGGUGUGCGUGGUGGGGAAGGCCUAGUGCCCCACCUUGAUCAGGCCCCCCACCUCCACCCACUGCACCCACUGCACCCACUGCACCCACUGCACCCAUGGACAAACAAGGAGCCAUGACUACUCCGGCCAAGGCCAGCGGCCUGAAGCCCCCCAGCAAAAUAGUCCGUCCCUCUGGUGUUCCCCCGAAGACGUCGCCCUCGUCUGGGGCUCCGAAGCCGCUUCCUCCCGAGAAGCCGCCGACCCAGGAAGGAAGCGCGGACUUUCAGGUCGGCGAGAGGGUCUGGGUGAACGGCAACAAGCCCGGCUACGUGCAGUUCGUCGGGGGCACCCAGUUCGCCCCGGGGCAGUGGGCGGGCAUCGUGCUGGACGACCCCAUCGGGAAGAACGACGGCUCGGUGGCCGGGGUGCGGUACUUCCAGUGCGAGGACGGGAGGGGGAUCUUCACCCGGCCCUCGAAGCUGUCCAGGACCGCGCUGCCGGAGAAGGAGGCCAACGGUGGGCAGGCCGGUCCGGCACCAGGAGCCCCGGCUGCAGGAGAACCUGCCCCUGCAGCCACCACCUCCGCCGUUCAAGGAACCGGCAUAAAGACGAGUGGAGCUCUGAACCGAAUGAUGUCCAGCGAGUCUGUGUCCAACCUCUCAGACCAGGACUCCAUGAAGAAGAACAGGAGGGAGCUGAGGCUGGGAGACCGUGUGCUGGUUGGCGGCACCAAAGCAGGAGUGGUGCGGUUUCUCGGGGAGACGGACUUUGCCAAAGGCGACUGGUGUGGAGUGGAACUAGACGAACCUCUCGGCAAGAACGAUGGAGCUGUAGCUGGAACCAGAUACUUCCAGUGCCUGCCCAGGUACGGCCUGUUCGCUCCGGUCCACAAGGUGACGCGCAUCGGUUUCCCCUGCACCACCCCCACCAAGGCCAAGAGCUCCCGGAGGAGGUCCACCCUGAAGAGGAGCCCCAGCGCCUCCUCCGUCAGCACCCUCAGCUCCGCCACCUCCUCAGUCAGCGGCAAACCGAGCAGGGCAGGACUGCUGACGGAGACGUCCGCCCGCUACGCCCGUAAGAUCUCGGGCACCACGGCGCUGCAGGAGGCUCUGAAGGAGAAGCAGCAGCACAUCGAGCAGCUUCUCGCCGAGCGGGACCUGGAGAGGUGUGAAGUGGCCAAAGCCACCAGCCACGCGGGAGAAGUGCAGCAGGAGAUGGUGCAGCUGAGGAAAGGCCAGGACCAGUACGCGCUGGAGAUGGAGGCCAAGCUGGACCAGCUACGUUCGCUGGUGGAGGCAGCAGAUCGAGACAAGGUGGAGCUUCUGAACCAGCUGGAGGAGGAGAAGAGGAAAGUGGAGGACCUGCAGUUUCGUGUUGAGGAGGCUUGUAUCACCAAAGGAGACCUGGAGACGCAGACCAGGCUGGAGCAUGCCCACAUAAAGGAGCUAGAGCAGAGCCUCCUCUUUGAAAAGACCAAAGCUGAAAAACUCCAGAGGGAUUUAGAGGACACGAGGGUGGCCACGGUGUCCGAGCGCUCCAGGAUCAUGGAGCUGGAGAGGGAGGUGUCCGACCUGCAGCUCCGUCUCCGGGCGUCUCAGCAGAAGGAGGACGCGGCGUCUCUGUCCCAGCAGCAGAUCAGCAGCCUGAAGGUCCAGGCUCAGGCUCAGGAGAAAAAGAUCAGUGAACUGAGCGUGGACCUGGAGAGUAAACACAAAGAGCUUCAGUCUGUGCAGCAGGAUAAGAGCAGCGUGGAGCAACAGCUGAUCGGCCUGAGACAGAAGCUGGAGGCGGCCGAGGAGGAGGAGAGGAGGACGACCAGGGCCAUGCAGGAGCUGGAGCAGAGCGUGGAGCGAUGGAAGAAAGACUAUCAGAGUCUGAAGGACGAGAGCCAGUCCAGAGAGAAAGACCUCAGAGCUCAGCUCACUCAGGUGACUGAGGACUCAGAGAGGACGACCCGGACACUGGAGCAGCUGAACAAUGAGAAUAAGAGUCUGGAGACACAGCUCGAGGCUUUGAAACAGCAAAACUCCAAAUAUCAGGAGGAGCUGAGUCUGUCCAAGGAGAGGAGCAGCUCUGAAAAGCAGCGCAUCGGCGUCCUCUGCAAGGAAAUCGAGGAGCUGAAGCUGGCCUCCCAGAACUCCCAACGUCUUGAUGAUGAGCACAAUGAAGACAACAAUCAGCAGCCGGACAUGAAGACCAGAGAAACCAUCACCAACCAGGAACCAGAGGGAGACGGAAACUUCCAGAAAUCCACUGGAGCUUUGAUCUCAGAAAAAGACCGGGAACUGGAAACUCUGAGGAAUGAGAUCGCGGUGCUGCGAGGAGAAAACGCCGUGGCCAAGACGCUGCAGUCGGCCGUGGAGACGCUGGAGAGAGACAAGGUUCAGCUGCAGAGCCGAGUCCAGAGUCUGGAGCAAAGGCUCAUGGGAACCUCAGAGGGAGAAGACGUGGAAGCUCCUUCCUCAGGCAACGCAGCUCUGGAGCAGCUGAGGGAGGAGAAGGAGUUCGCUGAGGGGCAGAUCAACUUCCUGAACAGUGUGAUCGUCGACCUGCAGAGAAAGAACGAGGAGCUGAAGAUCAAACUGAAGAAACUCGCUCUGGCCGAGUUCAACGGCAACGACGGCACCGACGGAUUCGAUGAAGUCGUGUCGAAGCGUGAGAAGAAGGCGACGCCUCGUCUCUUCUGCGACAUCUGCGACUGCUUCGACCUCCACGACACCGAGGACUGUCCCACCCAGGCCCAGAGCCCCGACUCCGUCCCCCACACCACCUACCACGGCAACCCGGCCGACGAGAGGCCCUACUGCGACAUCUGCGAGGCCUUCGGUCACGCCACCGAGUCCUGCAACGACGACCAGACCUUCUAGAGGACGCAGGCAUUUCACUCCCUCCCUCCCUCCUUCCUCCUCCCUCCUCCUCCCUCCUCCUCUUCCUCCUCCUCUGUUCCCUCCGUCCAGCCUGACUAAAGCCCCUGCAGAUUUUUUCCAUAAUGUAUUUUUAUACUGUAUUUAUGCAUAUCACUGUUCGCCACUGUCCUGCUCUGAAUCUGACCCGAGAAGAAACGCUAACGCUCGUCCAAAUACGCUGCUUCCUCCGGUGCAAUAUCCGUGUUUUUAUCGAACUCGUCGUCCGCGCUCGUCGUUUCUAACGUGUUUCAGUUUCUAAAAAAAAAAGGAGAAAAGAGCAACUGUUGAUUUUUAUUACUUGUUUAAACAAAAGGAAGCACAGUUUAAAGUAAAGGGACAUGAAGAAGCACCUCGACACUCGUCACAUUCCUCCAGCCAGAGACGACCUGCCCAGUGAUAGUUAGAAAGUAGAAAGAUAAUAGUAGAGAGAGUACCAGGGCCACUGCAUCAGAUCCACUGCAUCAGGGCCACUGGAUCAGGGCCACUGUAUCAGGGCCACUGUAUCAGGGCCACUGGAUCAGAGCCACUGUACCAGGGUCACUGGAUCAGGGCACUGGAUCAGGGCCACUGCAUCAGGGCCACUGGAAGGGAAAGAAGAGGCCGUGAUAUUUAGAGAAGAAAAGUUGUUAUAUUUCCAGUAAAAACUUGUUCAAGAUUAGUUGAAAUAUUUACUUUUGGAUAAAAGUGGCACCAUCAGACCAAAAAAAACAUCAACUGACAUGAAAAACCUGAAAUAAUUUUAGCAGGAACACGUUAAUAUGCUGAGGAACUGGUCGAUAUGGAUUCAGAAAUAAGUCUGGAGGUAAAGGAAGUUCUGCUCCACCAAAAUAAGUUGUAAUGUUCUAAUGUGUCCAAGUACUUUCACAUAACAGUAGGAUGGAAUUUGAGGAAAAUGUUUUACCCCAAAAUGUUCUUAAAAUGUUGAGGGAAAAAUUACUUUUUACCAAAAUAAAAUGGGAAUAAUUUGACAAACAAAACAUAUAAAUGACCAAAUCAAAGCUCGGUCUGCUGACACAACACCUCAAAAGUCAUUUAUAACCAAAAUUAAGACGGUUCAGUCACAGUUACCAAAAAACAUCGGAACGUUUCAUUUCAUUUUCCUAAACUUCCAGAUAUAAAGACGCGUCUUUAGUCUUAAACUCUGUGACUUUACGACUUUAUUCUUGAAAUAUUAUCUCUUACUUCUCAUAUUUAUUAUGUUUCUGAUGUCACUAAUUAUUUUGGAAAUAUUACGACUUUAUUCUUUAAAUAUUAGAACAUUUUAGAGCGGUAUUAUAAAUAUAUAAAUAGAUUAAAUAUGUUUGUUUGUUUUUUAAAUAUUCUGAUUUUAUUCUCUAAACCUUCCUUUCCAGAGCUUUAUUUUGAAAAGUCUUUAAAUAUCACACUAUAACAUAACUAUUUUCUUUCUAACUUUAUUUUUUAUCUAUAUUUUUAUUUAAUUUUCUAAACCUUCAGACUUUAUCGUCGUGACCCAAACUCCCUGAACAUUAGAAACGAAGUUCAGCCGCGACCUCGGAGGUUUUAAACCCGGAAACGUUCUCGUUUGAGACCAGAAGAGUCAGAACUAGUUUCCAUGUGUCUCCUGAACGUCUCCUCCUCCCUGAGGAUCCGCUAAGAAUCAACCUAUUUAUUGUUGUGGGAUCUUUUCCAGCCCUGCUGUAUGUAGCAUCGAAGCCUCGACUAACUCUAGUUUUUGCACUGUCCACUUUAGAGAUUCAUCGUACGGAGCAGAUUAUUUCAGCGCUCGAUACAUUUCAGACCAAUCACAGCCGCAAUCAUCACGUUUCUAAAUCUAAGACGAGGUUAAACAGAUGCAGUUAGAGAAACAAAGUCCUGUUCCCCUCUGUAGUUUAGAUAAAGGUCUCAGUCACAUUUGAGUAAAAUAAUCCUAUUUCUAUACAGGAUUAAAGGAUAUUUUAUUUUCAUGGACGACCUUGCAAUUACACCACCGACCACUAGGGGUCCGCGGACCCCGGUUGAGAAUCACUGGUUUUACUCCACUGGAGUAAAUAUUUCUCAAUUCAGUUUCAAAUGAAGGAACUUCUCAGGUUUACUGAUUUAAACACGGACGUCACUUUGUGAGGCUGCGACUUCAAAUCAUAAAGAGACACAAAUACGUUUAGUGAACACGUUUAUCACAGUUUACGUCUGAUUUCUCACAAUAAUCCUUCACAUUUUAUCACGUUUAGUCUGAGACUUCACUCACAUUAAACCAGUAAUGACUCAAAGUUAAGAUGUAUAUGCACUUAUUUACUCGUUUACCCAGUUUCUCUGGGGUUUAAACCCUCAGAUUUGUCUUUUAAAGAAUAUUAAGCACAGUUUAAAAAAGGACUGAAGGUUGUUCCGGCUUAAAUAUCUGUCACUUUAGACGAAAUAAGCUAAAAAAAUAAUACGUAUGGUCGUAUGGUUACGCUGAGCACGGUUCAGUUAAACGUCUGUGAGGACAAUACGAAGCUACAGAAGGUUAGCGUAGCUUAGCACAGAGUCUGGGAACGUUUACAUUUUGGAUUUUGCACCAGUUAAAAACCGUCCUCCCUUCUUUAGCCUCGUGUUUAAAGCUCGAGCCGAUAACCAUCCUCCCUAAAGUCUGAACUCUUGGAUCAUAUUGAAUCUUCAGAGAGACGUCCAGCGACUGAACAUGUGUAAAUACUGAACCUGACGAGUUUUAUUUUUUUCUGCCCGUUUGUACAGACUUUAAAACAUGUUGUACUUUCUACGUGAUGAGUCUAAUUCUCAGUGUUUUGUAUGUUAACACCCUUUUCCACAUGUUGAUGACGUGGUGUGACAUGUUUUCUAUGUUCUGUGAACUCCUCAACAGUCCAAUAGAAACGAUACGAGACAAAGAAACGUUCUGUCGACUUUUAUUUUUAUUUUACUCACCUCUUCACCACUUAAAGCACAAUUAAACUUUUUAAUUCAGA